AUGUCGACCAACGUUGACAUCGAGGUGCAGUUCGAAUUCAGCCACAAUGCUUACCCGAAGUUGAAGCACACCGCCGAUGGUCACACUCACGACUGGACGUUACGGCUUAACAGUUUUGAAAACAAGUACGACCUUAAGCAUUUUGUGGAAAAAGUCGUCUUUAAUUUGCACAAUAGUUUUGCCAAACCAAAGCGAGUCAUCAAAGAGCCGCCAUACGAAAUAACCGAGACUGGCUAUGCAAGCUUCGAUGUGAUUAUCGAAGUGUUCUUUCGCAAUAAAGCAGAGCCCAGAAGUAUACGAUUUCUCUAUGACCUCUAUAUUGAAAUGGACAAGCCAGUGUACAAGCUGCGCCGGGAAAGGCUCACCUUCAAGAAUCCGAGCAAGGAUUUUAUGAAGAAGCUGAUCAUGGGAGGCGGCACCAUAAUG